AGCGGGAAAGACUUCCCUCUCCGGUGACUCGCUACGGCUCCACAGACAGCAGUGGCGAGGAUGACUAUCAAAUUAACAGUCAUGACAACAACUGUAACCACCACCGGUUUGCCACAGCAGCAGGAUGUCACUGGGUCCACGCUGGAGAGGAAGAGGAGGCGAUUUGCAGGAAGCUAAAAUACUUCUUUAUGAGCCCUUGUGAUAAAUAUCAUGCCAAGGGGCGCUAUCCUUUUAAACUGAUCCUGCAGCUAGCCAAAAUUUUUUUUGUCACCGCUCAGUUGGUGCUGUUUGGCCUCAGUAACCAGGUGGUGGUGACCUUUAAGGAGGAGAACACUAUGACCUUCAAGCACAUCUUCCUCAAGGACUACGAUGAGUCCUCAGAUGACUCCUUUGCCGUUUACACACAGCAGGACGUCUACGACCACAUCUUCUACGCCGUGGAUCAGGUGAUAAUCUUUUUUUUUUUAACUGAAAUUUGUAACCGUUUAUCUUUAUUAAAGUGUGUUGGCGUGAACCCCAUGACGAUCCCCCAGGGUCCGCUCACAAGCAACUACAAGAACUUUACACUCAAGUUCCACAAGUUGAUUAAUGUUACCAUAGAGUUCCAGCUGAAGGCGAUAAAUAUCCAGACUAUCAUCAACAACGAGAUCCCAGACUGCUACACCUUUCAUAUAACAAUAGUUCUGGACAACAAGGCUCAUAGUGGCAAGGUGAAGAUCCGGCUAGAUAACCAGGCGUCAAUAAAGGAGUGCAAAGACCCGAGCAUCUCUGGACAAG